CUGCACUACAUAAUACGGAUCAAUAUUUUUAAAUUCUUCCAUACCUUUCAUUGUCCACCGGUUAAGAAAUUUAAAAGGAGUUGUUUAUGAUCUACAUUUAGAACUUUAACCAGUUUUAUUUACUGACUACGAUAAAAAUAUCCAUUGAGAAAGUUUAAAAUAAUUAAUGGUUCUGUGUAUUUGUAAACCGACACAUUUUAAUUGAAUAUGGGAAAGGAAAUAUUCCAAGUGAUUUUAGACAAUCAGAAUGCAGUUUUCUAUCCAGGCCAGAACGUAUCCGGAAGAGUGGACCUUGAACUUUUUGACGAAUUGAAAGUAACAGCUAUCAACUUGAGUUUUAAAGGUUAUGCAAACGUACAUUGGACAGAAAGAUCUGGCGGGAAACACAAACACACACGGCAUUACAGCAGUAAUGAAACGUACUUUAACAAUACUGUGUGCUUGUUCAGUGGGAAACACGGAGACAGUGUCAAACUACAAGCCGGUAAAUACAGUUACCCGUUCAAUUUUCAGCUGCCGCCAGGGGUACCGUCAUCGUACGAGGCGACUAUAGGCCGAGUUCGAUACUUUAUACAGUCAGACAUCGACAUCCCCUGGGCGUUUGACAAACACACGAGGAGAAUGAUCACGGUUGUAAACCUGCUUGACUUAAACACAGUUCCAAAUGCAAUGAAUGGCGCUACAAAAUCCGACCAGAAGACAUUGUGUUGCUUGUGUUGUGAGUCGGACCCGAUAUGUGCAAUGAUCGCGGUGGAUCGUACUGGCUAUGUGCCAGGAGAGGCCAUCGUAUUCAGGUCUGAAAUCAACAACAAGAGUGACAGAGAGAUGACUUGCAGCAAGGCAAAGCUUAUCAUGCAAGUGCGGUAUCAUGCUACAACGAAGACAAGAAAUGUCAAUAAUAUCGUUAAUCAAACGGCGCACGGGAAAAUUGAGGGCGGAGGCACAGACGUAUGGAUGAAUGAGAAACUCCAUAUCCCGGCCGUACCUCCAUCUUACCUACAGGGAUGCAACAUCAUAGAUAUCAGAUAUUAUAUGACGAUGACAGUUGAUCCUUCGGGUCUGGGUUUCGAUCUUAAUGUACCAGUUGAGGUUGUGGUCGGCAGUAUACCGUUGGCUUCCAUAGCCCAACAACAUGGUAUGACGCUUCCUCCACCACCACCGCCACAAGAUCCAUCCCUUCCACCACCCCCACCGGGUGCACCGCAAGGUCUCUACACUGAUUCCGCAAUGCCCUCGAACCUACCCCAAGCAACAUUGGCUGAGAGUGCAAUGGGUCGGGUCAGCACACGGGAAGAAGGAGAUACUGAUGAAACUCAAGGAAAUACAAACUUUGCUCCGGUGUAUACUUAUUAUAACUGGGACAAACCGGACCCUGCUAAUACAUUCACAGUACAGAUGGAUGAAGGGGACACAGUUAACUGAUUCGUACUUUUAGUACAGUUAUAUAUUUUCUGAAAGUAGUUUUCAUAUUUGAAAGUAAGUGAUUAUAUAGCAGAGGCUACUUUUGUUGAUAUGACUGUUAUAACAUCCCUUCGGGAGCGAAUACAUCUCAAUUCUUUCCAGCUAGACAAAUUUCUUAGUAAACUCACAUCUCCAGAGCGUCGAAGAUAUUGCUCUACCCGCUUGGAUUGCACAAUAUUAUAUUCACGUUUGAUUACAAAGCUUUGUAAUGAGCGUCCUAAAUAAAACACAUUUUUGUUGAUAUUCUUGCAACUACGUUUUUUCUUGGAAACACAUUUCAUCGCAACGAGUGAGUUCUUCCUUUCACAAAAUAAUUUAAAUCUCUGAUUGCCCAGAGCUUAUCGGCAAUAAAACAGAUGACAUGAUAAUAGUUUAUUUGAAAUAACAAUUUGGUAGAGUUAUACGUCCAAUCUUUUUGCCGUUUUGCAAGUCCUCUUUUCACAGACGACAACAGUUGCAUGAUGAGUGAGGACAAAAAUCGAUCAGUAAUGCUUGCCACAACUUAGGAAAUGAGAGAAAAAAGCAACCAUAAAAACAAAUAAGACUGUAGUAGAUGUCAGGUUUUAAUAAUUAUAGUCUAUAUGCCAUGUGGAUAUUUUUUAACCUUCACCCUGCUAAAUUUCUAAAAUGGACUGGUCUAUCAUUCAAUUUGGGCAGUACCACUUAGUAUUCAAAGUGGUGUUCACUGAAAAUGUACUUACUGAAUAGCGAACAGCCUGCAUGGAUGAUCUUGGUCUGCACUGGUCGCAAAGGCAGAAUCACUUGCCGUCAGCAGGCCAAAGGUUAAUUCCAUGCAGAAUCUGGAUAUUACGAUAUAGUAGCCGACCUCUGUCAUUUCGUUUUGACAUGUUGGCGCAUUUGGUUUGGCAACAAGCCAACACGCCAGACGACAAAUAAGGUAUUGGCGCACUAAAUUGUUGUUAGGCUCGCAGAACGAAAUAGCUGGAAUCGGCCACCAUAUCAGUGGUUGGUAUCACGCGAUGUAUAAAGGUCUCCAGACACGGGUAUCCGCGUAGAUGACAACAGUUCUAAACGACUUGGUGUCAUUGUCUAUCGGAAACUAUACAACUCAGACUAGUUCCUGAACUUACAGUCUAAUCACCAUCUUGACAGCAAACGUUCAGUAGCAAGUACACUAUGAGAAGGAUAAAGAAGGCCGAUUAACAUGCGGCCGGACAGGAUGCUUGUUACCACCAAGAAGAAAGAUAAGAACGAGAAAGUUUAGUCACAGAAAAAGGACAGGAAGUUGAAUGUGCAACAGGGUCUCACAGGAAGUGUUGCAAAAUCUAAAUAUCACAACUGUCCUUUGAAAUGCUAGAAAAAUAUUUGUGUACAUCUCUUCUUUACUUCGAAACUACUAGUUUGAUCUCUUUAACACUUGCAUAAGAAGUUGGAUGAUGUUUGAGCAAGAAACAACAAUUUAAACAAAUAUUUUCGUCCUUCACAAGCUGAACUGUUACUCUACAUUAUAGUUUUACGCUGGCUAGAAUAAAGGUCUUCGUAAUGGAUGCUUACACUUAGAUGAUUAGUCAAUGUUAGCAUAAAUAAAAGCGCUUGUUAGAUGCUAUACGAUAAAGAACAAAUAAAUAUUAUCUUCAAGGUUUCGUAAAUACACUUUCAUUUUAGCUACAAUGGACCACUGCAUGCAUUGUCGGCGACACCUACACAAUAGUGUAAUUCAAUUUAAUUACAUGCAAUGCAUUUCAGUGUCAACAUUUAACGUUGUAAAGCGGGUAGGGCGCCAGAAACAAAAACUCUUUCAGGUUGUGAUAUUUGAAAGAACAACAGUUUUUUGUGUUUGUUUAUUUUUUACAGUUAUUUUAUUGUAGUUUGACAUUUCGAAUUAUUUCAUUUUCAAAUUUGAAUAAUAGCUCUGUAUGGCAAUUAUGCUGCAUUGGCUAUAAGAGAUAGAAUAUUCAUAAUUACUGUAUUUUUAACCAUUUUGUGUCGAGCUGAGUGCCACUAUUCUAAUAUAAACAUAUUCUUACUAAGGUGAUUCAAAGGUUUCUGACAAUAGUUUUACUGUAAGAAAACAACAAACUGUAGAGACAGUCUCAAUCAAAAACCUCGAAGCAUUGUCCCCACUCCAUCGUUUCGGUAACUCGUCGAUUCCGGUUGCUAGGCAACCAGAGAGAUAAGUCAAACCUGCUUUGCCACGCAGUCUUUUAACUCGUUUAAGUAGUCAAAGCGGAAUUUAUAAUUGUGGAAAAAGCCGUCAAAUCAGAGGAGUAUGGCGGGUGUCGCUGUAUUUUCCAGUCAUAUUUGUCAAUUACCGAUGUCACGUACUCAGAUUUAUGCUGUGUUGCGUUGCCAAAAAGCAGUACCGGUUCCGCUUCGUUCUGGGCGUAAUAAUUUCUAUAAAACAGGGACAUAAUCUACCUUCGCAUAUGCGACAAUUGCUAGCUGUAUUAUGUCCCUUGUUCUUUACGAACAAAGAUAUGGAAAGUCAUGUUUUAUCUAUACCGUCUAUUUCAAGGCGAUUUAGUUCAUUUGCAAUAUUAAAAUAAGUGCUUUUCUAUAAUGGACGCAACUUGACCCCGAUGGUUGACCUUUGUAUUAUAAUACAUAAUGAGGCAAAAUCUAUUAUUGAAAAGGAAUGUUGAAAAAACAGGAGCUACACGAGAAAAUGGAAAUAUCAAUUUGUGUAAAUAUAAAUUAGUGUAUUGAAAAGUUCUAACUGAUCAAAUUUAAGUAUACAUACUUUGACACUGCACUGUAUACACAUUAAUUCCACAUAAAUAUACACGGCUACCCUAAGCACCCUUUAAUUAUUUCUACAAUGAAAUAAUCGAUAUGAAAUAAUCAGCCUAAGGUCAACCAUCGCGGUCAAGUUGCGACUACUAUACCCUAGUCUGGCUACCGACUAGAUAAUCUUUUUUUUUUUUAGAAAAAAAUAAUUCUUUUAUAGAUUUUGACUUCAUCAGUCUUGGCUCUGAUUAUCUAUGUUUUGAGAAUAAAAGGGACAUAAUGAUACAUAAUGAUACAAAAUUUGUAUUGCCUCAGGAGUUAUCUCCUGUGAACAAAACAUAGGGUCUGAACACAGACUAACUAUACCCAUGUAAUCAUGCUUAACAUCUAUUUGGAGUGCUGUUUCAUCUGUUUUAAUCAUAAAAUGAUGUACAGCCUUAUUGAACUUUAAUUAAAAUUUUGAAGGCACACAUCAAAAUUUUGUGACAUGGCUCCCCAUGUAUAAAAAUCACCCCGUUGGAUACAAUGGAUCACUCGUAAGUGUUCCCACCAUUCAAUUUAUACUUUAAAAUUUCUACCUCGGACGGGCAGCAGAAUGACUAUUUACUGCAGACCCUGUAUAUUACAUAUUGGAGACACCAAAUGGAAACUUGGGACGGUUGCAGUGGUCCAGUGGUAACACUGUCAGACUACGGCACCAGGGGUCGUGAGUUUGAGCCCUCGCUCCUCCAGCUAAACAUUACUAACAUUGGGAUAAGAGUCCCGUGUAUGGAUGCUUUACAUCUGGCGCGUUAGAGAACCAGGGAAGCUUCUGAAAUUGGAGCGUGCUUCUUCUGUAUCUUGCACUAUCCUCCUACUAACAUUACUAAUAGUCUUUCUGGAGGGGUCGCCCAUAUGGGUAAACAGUUGCGAUUAUAAAUAAACUUACGUACACGCACACAAUGGAAACUUGUGACAGAAUUUCUUUUCAUGCCCCUUAUAUGUAAGGUAUUGCAAAACACCGUGACUGUUCACGUGUGCGAAUAUUUUAUAUUCACGCUCUUUUCUACUCUACUGUUUAUAAUACGAAUGAAUAAAAUAAUUUUAAUAAUAAUAAUAACAAAGUUCUUCAUCAGAAUAAAACUUAACAGAAUUUAGACAACAUAUGGAUAGGUCUGUAACCUAAAUUUAGCAGAUACUGAGCGUAUUGAAUCGAAAUAUUUUUAUAUGUAAAACAUCUUACAUCAUCAAUUUUCAUGUUAAUGCAGCAUAGUAGACGUAUGGACGUUUUGUGUGUUUUUUAUAUAAUUUUCUUCGUUCAAAGAACGAAUUAGAAGGAAAUUGUUUUCCCUCAAGUGUAAUUUAGUUACCAGUUUGCACGUUAUUUGCGGUAAUUGUAUUGUGUGUUUUUUAGUCAUUCAGCUUUGGGUAACCGACCGGUUAACACAGACAGUUUUUACAUUAAAAAUGUAGAUACUACGAAAUCACGAAUACAUAAGUAUUAUGUUGAUGAUGUGCAUUAUGAUUAUUAAUAUUAUUAAUUUUAUGAUGAUA